UUUUGCCAGCGCAUGUGUAGUAUUUUUGGCUGAAGGGUUCUGCACAGCAGCACCGAUCAACUCGACGCCGGCGAAUGUUGAAACGCUCAGACUCUAUCUCUCUCAACUUUGGCACUCCGGAGGACUCUCCCCGCACGUCCUCUGAUUUCGAAGAAAUCCACUACCCGCACGCUUCCACGACGGCUUCACGCACCACUGGCUGGCCUGGAGAGAAGGAAGAGCUGCCUCUGCAUUUCAUGGGCGAGGAGACUGCGCGCAGGCGGAUUACCCGCACGCCAGGGGGCAAUGGUGUGUACGACACCCAUGUCGAUGCGCCCACCGAAUACGAUGACGAGGGGAAGGAUGUGUACGCAAAAAUGAGGGCUUCCAAGGUGCCUGUCAGCAGCGGACGGCCACGUAGGCCGCCUCCGCCGCCAGCGACCACCAUCAGCGAAUUUAUCCACCAAAAUUUAGAGCACAUCCCGCCGAUCGUCUACACACUACUCUCGUGCUGGACGCGGUUUCACAAGAUUGGUCACGCGCCGAAUGUCGUCUGGGACGAGGCACACUUUGGCAAGUUCGGGAGCCACUACCUCAAGCGUGAAUUCUACUUUGACGUCCACCCGCCGCUCGGGAAGAUGUUGGUCGGCCUCGCAGGCCUGCUGGCAGGCUACGACGGCUCGUAUGAAUUCAAGAGCGGCGAAAAAUACCCGGAUAACGUGCCCUAUGUGGCAAUGCGUGUCAUGAUGGCCAUGUUCGGCGUCGCUCUGGUGCCCCUCGGGUGGUACACCGCCGUCGAGCUGGGCAUGAGCUGGAGAGCGUGCCAUCUUGUUGCGCUGAUGGUCUUGCUCGAUGUCGGCUGGCUCUGUAUCUCACGCUUCAUCCUGCUCGACUCUAUGCUGCUGUUCUUCACGUUUACCACCGUCUUCUGCUUGACCAAGUUCCACAAUCAACAAUACCAGUCUUUCUCCUUUGACUGGUGGCUAUGGCUCGCCAUGACUGGUUACUCUAUCGGAUGUGUAACGAGUGUGAAGUGGGUCGGUCUCUUUGUCACGGCCUUGGUGGGACUCUACACAAUCGAAGACCUCUGGGAUAAGUUUGGCGACCUCAAAAUGUCUGCGCGCGACCAAUGCUGGCAUUGGGGCGCCCGCAUACUCUGCCUAAUUAUCCUGCCGAUUCUGGUCUACAUGGCGUCCUUCAAGAUGCACUUCUUGAUCCUCAACCAUUCCGGUCCUGGUGAUGCUCAAAUGAGCUCGCUUUUUCAGGCAAACCUCGUCGGAAACGACUUCGCUUCCUCUCCUUUGGAGGUUGCGUUUGGUUCAAAACUCACUUUAAAAAAUGUAGGCUAUGGUGGAGGUCUUCUGCAUUCACACGUCCAGACAUUCCCUGUUGGUUCAGGGCAGCAACAAGUUACGUGUUACCACUACAAGGACUCAAACAACGACUGGGUUGUCUUGCCCCGUUGGGAUGAACCUCCAUACGACCCCGAUGGCGAGAUUCGCUUCCUUAAGGACGGCGACGUCAUUCGUCUGAACCACGUACCGACAACUCGCAACCUGCACUCACAUACGGUUCCUGCUCCGGUCACAAAACUCAACCAUGAGGUCUCUUGCUACGGCAACGAAACAAUUGGUGACGACAAGGACUACUGGGUCGUCGAGGUCGUCGACGACCUCAAAUCGCGCGAGAAGCCUGACCGGAUUCACUCGCUCACGACCCGCAUGCGCUUUCGCCACAAGGUCCUCGGCUGCUACUUGCGUGCCGCGAAUGCGAUUCUGCCGCAGUGGGGCUUCAAGCAGGUCGAGGUCAGCUGCGACAACGAGAAUAACCCGCGGGACGCGCACACGUACUGGAAUGUCGAGAGCCAUUGGAACGACCGCCUGCCGCCAGGGAACGCGAAGCACUACAAGUCGCCCUUCCUCCGCGAUUUCUGGCACCUCAACGUCGCAAUGAUGACUUCGAACAACGCGCUGAUCCCUGACCCUGACAAGGAGGACAUCCUCGCGUCCAAGCCGUUCGACUGGCCUUUCCUUCGCCUCGGCUUGCGCAUGUGUGGCUGGGGCGACAAUCAGACGAAGUACUACCUCCUCGGCACGCCUAUCAUCUGGUGGGGCGGCACAAUCAGCUUGAUCCUGUCCCUUGUCGUGCUGCUAGUGUAUCUCAUGCGCUUGCAGCGGAAAUACGUCGACAUGGAACCGAGGGAGUGGGAUCACUUUCUCUAUGUUGGCAAGAUUGCCUUCCUGGGCUGGUUCCUGCAUUUCUUCCCAUUCUUGAUCAUGGGUCGCGUCACCUACAUUCACCACUACCUUCCGACCCUCUACUUCUCCGUCCUGAUGCUCGCGCACCUCAUCGACCACUUCGCCUUCACCUCCCGCCGCCUGUCUAACCAAACAAAAUGGAUUGUCUUCUGGGUCUGGGUCACCGCCAUCGUUGUCACCUUCUGGUGGUGGAAAGGCGUCGCCUUCGGAAUCGACGGACCUAUCAACGACCACUGGGGCUUGCAUUGGCGCAAAACAUGGAACAUAUAUAAUAUAUAAUGUAGGCUUAGGAUGGAUGUGUUUGCGUAGUGUCUAUCCGUUACUCCCUGUGCUUUCCUUUUCUUCCACGGACACGUUAAUUAUAAUGACGCAUCUGCGAGCGAGGAUAAUAUAAUGCAAAAUGGGGUUGCGAUCUCGCCAUUUAAAAGGGAGUGAAUGCUGGUAACGGGAGGCGACCAUAAAGAUGCAGAUCAAAGCAGGUAAUGUAUUUUGCAACAGGGCAGACAGCAAAGUGAAUGGAAAGCAUGACAGAGCGAGCAAUGUGAACCAUCCAGCUGGCCUGGGUCACAAAGUAAGGGUUAUCAUUUUGCUACUUGUGACCACGCCUUGUUGGGGACACCAGCACCUAGCCUGCGGUAAAAAAGUAGGUACGCGCACCGGUCAUCGCGCGGCUCGCCUCCAAAGACAUCUUCGGGUCGGACAUCGGAUACCAGCUCGUCGUCGAUGCGUACCCACGCUUGCCGCGGUCGAUCGCUCAUGUCCCGGUUGGGAUGCAGGACGUCGAGGGUAUAGUGCCCGCCGGACGCGGACUGGCCGUGGUGAUAGAGCGCGCCAAACAGCUGGUAUUUAACCGGAUGUGCCGGUCUUUUCGUCUGGGUGAUGAGAUCUGGAGAAAUCUCAAGCUCGGGACUGAAGCUGAUGUGCUUCCCGAUUUUGACAACGUCGCCAACGUUGGUGUCGUACAAGAACCGCUUCAGGUGCAGGAUCAAGACAGGCGGCAGGGCCUCGAUGAGCUCUUGCCGCUUAGCUUCGAGAAUUUGCCCAGGUCGUGUUGGCGAUGUAAUCUCCACCGGAUGUUCCUGUGAGAUGUGCUGGAGAGCGUCCUUAAUCGUGUGGACCUGCUCGCGCUGGAUAUCUAAUCGUAAUGACCUCCAGUCCUCGAUAGUCACAGACUCACGCUGGAACUGAGCUUUCAGUGUGGAGCGGAACUUGCCACCAAAUAUCCGCUGUAUCGGAGAGUCGGCACCUUUUACGGUUCGAGUUGUCACGGAACGGUUCUUCUUGCCGACCUCCAACCACCCGUUAUCUGCUGCUGGCAUCUCAUCCUGUUUCGGAGUCUUCUGAGAUAACGAUGACGAGAUUGACAAAAGCUCUUCCUCCAACGUAUCCAGGAAGAAGCCAAGAAAUUCUUCCGCGUCUUCCUGGUGGCCAGUCACCAUACUCGCAAAGCGCUUCUUCUCCUUCAUCACAUCGUAUACAUACGUCGGGAUGAAAGAGUCCAAAUCAUCGAAAUCUUCCUCACGCUCCUUGCCCUUGCUUUUCGAACCCUUCUUUUCCUCCUCCUUGACGCUGAAUUCUUUCAGGAACUGGAUGGUCGCGUCGACGAGAGGCGUAGCCUUGGUAUUCUCCGCUUGCGAGCCAACGACAGGGCCAGAGAUAUAUUUGCUGAGUUCAAUGAAAAGACGAUAGAAUGGUGGACAGUAGACGAGGACUUGAAGAACGGCGUUAGCAAAGCACAUGUUACCCGUGUUGACGAGACCGCGGGGGCAAAUCUUUGGUGGAGGGCUGGGACCAGUGGGGCCAACGUUCAAGAGGUUGAAGACCUCAGGACGAACGGUGGAGCCAGAAGUAGCCAAAGCACUGCUCUGUGAAGGUGCACCGUUUUGGAGGCCAGCAGGGAUGGAAAAGCCAACGACAGAUGAAGUCGGGAGGCGCGUCUUGGAAGAGGAGGAUGCCACGGCAUCGGAAGACUGUAACAGCGAUGCCCAUGAUUUCUUCGGUGCUGCCGCCACAGGCUUCACAGGAAGAGAGGUGGACGCGGAAACAGCUUUCUGCUCAGGCUGAACGGACGCAGGCAUAGGUUGCUGUUGUUCUGUACUCGACGCAGCGACGACUUCCACAGCCGCAGCAGAGAUCAUUUCCUGGGAAAUGACCUCGGUAAGAGGCACCACUGCAGGCUCGUCCAGCUGCUUAGGCUGUUGAGCAGGCGAGGCCGCAAUAACCGAGGUGUUCGUGGUAGAAGGCGAACCCGCAGUCGGCGUGGCAGGACCCGUAGAACCGAUCGUCGUCUCCGUCACAGAUGAUGACUGUGCUUCAAGAGAGUCUGACGAUACAUCGGCUACAUCGCUAUCUCCUAAUGCAACAUCAGCGAGCACUAAAGACGCGGGCUCUGCAUCUUUUACAGGGACGACCCUUGGUGAUUGUGGAGGGGUGCGAAUAUCUAACGCAGAUUGAACGGUCUCCUGUGGCGGGUGAGCCAGAGAAGAUAUCAUGACACCUUCGGCACGAGAUGGAUCCCGAGGGCGCCUUGACCAUAUGACAAAGCUAGUAGGCGACAUUGUGCUCUGAG